AAACGCCGACCGAGUUCUAGGAGCAGAGGAAAGCAAAGCUAAGGGCCCUUUCGCAGUGGUUGGCCUCCCGAGCCCUAUCUAGUCCACCGCUAAUCGUCCCCCCUUCCCCAUUCCCCUCGCCGCCGCCGCCGCCCGGCCGCCGUCUGUGUCCAAGAUGAAUGUCGAGAAGCUCAAGAAGAUGGCGGGCGCCGUGCGCACCGGGGGCAAGGGCAGCAUGCGCAGGAAGAAGAAGGCAGUUCACAAGACCACAACAACUGACGACAAGAGGCUUCAGAGCACCUUGAAAAGAGUAGGAGUCAACACUAUUCCUGGUAUUGAGGAGGUUAACAUUUUCAAGGAUGAUGUGGUUAUCCAAUUUCAGAACCCGAAAGUGCAAGCAUCUAUUGCUGCAAACACAUGGGUAGUCAGUGGAACACCACAGACCAAAAAGCUGCAAGAUCUGCUGCCGACAAUUAUCAACCAACUGGGCCCUGAUAACUUGGACAACCUGCGGAGGCUUGCUGAGCAGUUCCAGAGGCAGGUACCUGGUGCUGAGGCUGGCGCCAGCAUUGGUGCUGCUCAGGAUGAUGACGACGUUCCGGAGCUCGUUCCUGGAGAGACAUUUGAAGAAGCUGCAGAGGAAAAGAAGGAACCAGAGUUGGAGGAGAAGAAAGAAUCGUCGUAAUCUUGUUGUGUGUCGUGGUAAUCUAUUGUUGUGAAGGAUUGUUGGUUCAGUAUUGCGAUAUACCAUGCCUGAGAUUCUGAGAACACCGACCGAGACAUGCUCUUCUAUGAACUCUGGCCUACCUUUUGUUUUCCGUGUGCUCCGGUUUUGUCUUGGCUGUGGGUUCUGUCCAAACCAGACGGUGGAACUCUGUUUUCCGACAAUGAUGUUUACCAUUCUCAAGUGUUUCAUAUGCAUGAUUCCAGUGUUGCCAUCCAAGCCCAGGCUGUGACAAUUUUAUUUCAGCCAUUUGUUAUGUCCAUGUGAACUUCCUAUGGUA